CGGUGAAGGUCUCUCGAGGCACGUGAUGGCGGCGACGAGCGGCGACACCCAUGACAUGGCCGAUAUGAUGAAGGUGUACACGGAAGGUAUGCAAGCUCAGUUUGGCGCCAUGUUGGACAAGUUCCGCACGAGCAUGGAGCAAAGCGUUGGCAUGUCUCGCAUGAUGAACGACAUGAUGGAGCACCUGCUUCUGCAGAGUCUUCACGUCCGCUGCGAAAUCAAACAGAGCUCCGGUACAUGUGCGCCGAUGCUUCAUUUGGACGUGAAGAACUCUGGCGCGAUUCCGAUCCCUGUUGUGUGCUGUGCCAUCUCGAUCCGCCGUCGCUUCCCUGAAGUUUCUAGUGAUGCAAACGACGACCCUGUCCUCGACUUCAAGACAUCCCCUGAAGAUGUUGACGUUGGUGCCCACGCGUCGGCGGUCAUCCCUCUCAACCUGCCCACCAUCGAUCAGUACAACGGACAGAUUAUCGUGUCCUGCGUGAGCCCAGGAAGCGGCCAACGGCUGCAGAAGACUAACGACUUCAGCGUGUACUUGGUACAACAAUGGUCGAUCUCUCCCUCCUUCGAAAGUGUCGUUGACGUGCCUUCGUCCACCAAGUCGGCACUUUUGGACGUCGCGCGCCUUCGGGACGUUCUCCAACUGUCUCCAGCCGACGGAAUCGUCCUUGAGUCCCAAGGCCACUACGUCGUCCUCGCGACUUCCUCUCCCGCCUUCGUCCUUACUGUGGCGCUUGUUGAUAGCACGACAUGCCAUGUCCAAGUGUCCGUCGCUGCUGCGCCACAACCAUCACGAUGGACUCCUCGCGACGUUGUGCUCGAACUCGAAGCGCUGGCGCAUGCUUGACGCAUGGUUAUGUUGUGUCUGCAUUGUGCAAUGUUGCUUCAUGGCGAGUACGGUUGACGUGCGCAAAAUUCCGGCGAGGCCGGCGUGCUAUGUUGUCGGCAGGAACGACGAAUGUUUCGACUCGUCUUGGGCACGAACGCGACGCAGCAACUGCGAUCAGGCGCCGAUUCGUUUGAGUUGAGCGAUAAGUUAACGGGUUAUGCAUGCAUUCAGCUAGG